AUGGCUAGCAAUAUCAACCUGAGGCCUGCUGCUCGCCCGGCACUUGUGGACCAUGUCUCUCUUCGCAACAUCAAUCUUCACUUGCCGGCCGGGCCUGAUCCAUGGCAUCGAUCCGGCAAGUCGCAGCCAUGUACAGCAGCUGUAAAGCUCUCGUAUUCAUCGGCUGCAGCCGCAGCAAGUGCGGACGACGUUUCUCUUUCUAUUGACUACGGCAAGCUCUACCGUCGAAUUGAGACGGCAGUCCGGGAUGCCGGGAGGUCUUCGUCCCAGAAUUUCGAUCCGAAUUCCAGCGGCCAGGUUGCGUUGAGCAAUGAUGUCAGAAUUCUUGCUGGACUGAUUGCAGACUGCGGCUUGGGCUUGCUAGACGAGACCAUCGCCGGAGUGCGGCGAAUGGCUCAUGUCCAGGUUCAUCCAGAGUCUCCCAAUCGCAGACGAGCAAGCCAGGCUAGCCGGAGAAUGAGUGGUGGCUACCCUUCCGCAGCAGUCCCCAACAAACUCGUGACUGAGACGGCUUCAGAGUUGUUGAGUAGCAUAUUUGGCGAGUGUGAAGUCUCACUGCAUCUGCCCAAUGCUCACCUGCGGGCAGAGGGUGGCCUAUUGUUCCGCAGUGUCCAGACUUGGGUAUAUGCUGAUGAUGGGAGCUCGUUGGAGGAUGCAGUUGAAAAUAGCAGACAAAUCUCGGUUGUCGAACAAGAAUUCCGCAUCGAGGGCAUCCGUUGCCAUUGCGUCCUUGGAGUCAACUCUCACGAGAGAAUUGAGAAACAGUCGGUGAUUAUCACGCUAGUCCUCCGAGGCUCUGGGGAGACAGCAUGGGCUUCGACCGUUGUCAAUACGUACCAAGAGAUGGUGAGAGAGAUAGCAGAGAGAGUAGAAAACACUUCGUAUCAAACAGUCGAGGCACUCGCCACGUUCAUUGCCCGCGUAGCUACUAUGGACUUUGGCAACGAAACUGCCACUGUUUUGGUAGAGAAGCCGAGUGCUCUAGCUUUCGUUGACAGAGCAGGAGUCCAAAUCACACGGUCCAAAGCGUUUUUUGCAGAGCAGGACUUUUUGAGAGCGAAGGAAGGACUGCAAGCUACCUAG